CACCCCACCGCCACCAGCCGCGAGAGCCCCGAGGAUGGGAGAUCUGGGUGGAUGUCUCCAUCCUGCCCCGAUCCGCUUCGUCCAUGCGUCGGAGCAGUGCUGACCCCCGCCCCGGGGUUCCAGACUCCACUCCCGCCUUCCUCUGACUCCCCGGACCUCCCACUCCCGCCCGCCCUCGGGAUCGACUAGAUCCCUCCCUCUCCCCGAGGAUUCCGGCUGGAUCUCUGCCCCUGCACCGCGGAUCCUGCUCUCCCGGGCUUCGGGCCCCUGGGGAUUGCGGUGGACUCCUCCUCCCGCACCCGAUUCCUUAGGAUCCUCCGCCUGUACCACCUCCUGGCCCCUCGAAGCCGGCCCACGGAGCCAGUGGAUCCUCAUUCCAGUCUUGUCCCGUAGUCUCCUCCUCACUCCACUGGCCCCACUGCGGGGUUCCCUGUUCUCGGGUUCCUCCUGACCCCCUCCCUUCCCCUCCCCGGGGAUCGACUGGAUCCCGGCCCCGCCCCCUGGGGCUGGGGCGAUCCCCCUCCCCCGCUGGGUGAGGCGCUGCGGGCGGGGGCUGGGCCUGCGGGACCGCGGGGGCUCAGAGGCCGCCGCCCCCUCCUCGGAGCCCUGGAUGGAGGCACCACGGCCCCAGGGCUGAGCCAGGUCCAGCCUGCAUUCACCUUCUCCCACUUCCUUCCCCUUCCCUAUCCCUUGCCCCCUCCAUGGAAAGGAACAGACCCCUUCUCUGUCCGGUCUAACCCAGGUCCCUUUCCACUCCCCUUCUCCCUCCUUUCCCACCCCCUCCUCCCUCCUGGGGCGAGGGGGGGCCUCCCUCCCUCUCCCCCCCCUUCUCUCUCUCUCCGAGGGGGGGGUCCCGGGGAGGGAGGGGGGGUCCCCCUAUCAGCAUGUGGCUCCUGGCGCUGUGGCUGGUGGGGCUGGUGGGGGCUCAACGCGGGGGAGGGGGUCCCGGAGGUGGUUCCCCAGGUGGCCCUGGCCUGGGCCUCAGCAGCCUCGGGGAGGAGCGCUUCCCAGUGGUGAACACGGCCUACGGGCGAGUGCGUGGUGUGCGACGUGAGCUCAACAACGAGAUCCUGGGCCCAGUGGUGCAGUUCUUGGGCGUGCCCUACGCCACCCCACCCCUGGGCGCCCGUCGCUUCCAGCCGCCAGAGGCCCCAGCCUCGUGGCCUGGCGUGCGCAACGCCACCACCCUGCCACCCGCCUGCCCGCAGAACCUGCACGGGGCGCUGCCCGCGAUCAUGCUGCCUGUGUGGUUCACGGACAACUUGGAGGCAGCCGCCACCUACGUGCAGAACCAGAGCGAGGACUGCCUGUACCUCAACCUCUACGUGCCCACCGAGGACGAUAUCCGGGACUCGGGGAAGAAGCCUGUGAUGCUGUUUCUGCACAGCGGCUCCUACAUGGAGGGCACCGGGAACAUGUUCGAUGGCUCUGUCCUGGCCGCCUAUGGCAACGUCAUUGUAGCCACGCUCAACUACCGGCUUGGGGUGCUCGGUUUCCUCAGCACUGGGGACCAGGCUGCAAAAGGCAACUACGGACUCCUGGACCAGAUCCAGGCCCUGCGCUGGCUCAGUGAGAACAUCGCCCACUUUGGGGGCGACCCCAAGCGCAUCACCAUCUUUGGGUCUGGCGCAGGCGCAUCCUGUGUCAACCUUCUGAUCCUCUCCCACCAUUCGGAAGGGUUAUUCCAGAAGGCCAUCGCCCAGAGUGGCACUGCCAUUUCCAGCUGGUCUGUCAACUAUCAGCCGCUCAAAUAUACGCGGCUGCUGGCGGCCAAGGUGGGCUGUGACCGGGAGGACAGCGCUGAAGCUGUGGAGUGUCUGCGCCGGAAGCCUUCCCGGGAGCUGGUGGACCAGGACGUGCAGCCCGCCCGCUACCAUAUCGCCUUCGGGCCCGUGGUGGACGGCGACGUCGUCCCUGAUGACCCUGAGAUCCUCAUGCAGCAGGGAGAAUUCCUAAAUUACGACAUGCUCAUCGGCGUCAACCAAGGAGAGGGCCUCAAGUUCGUGGAGGACUCAGCAGAGAGCGAGGACGGCGUGUCCGCCAGCGCCUUUGACUUCACAGUCUCCAACUUUGUGGACAACCUGUAUUCCUACCCAGGGGGCAAGGAUGUGCUGCGGGAGACCAUCAAGUUUAUGUACACAGACUGGGCCGACCGGGACAACGGUGAGAUGCGCCGCAAGACCCUGCUGGCACUCUUUACUGAUCACCAGUGGGUGGCACCAGCCGUGGCCACCGCCAAGCUGCAUGCCGACUACCAGUCCCCCGUCUACUUUUACACCUUCUACCACCACUGCCAGGCUGAGGGCCGGCCCGAGUGGGCAGACGCAGCGCACGGGGACGAGCUCCCCUACGUCUUCGGGGUGCCCAUGGUGGGUGCCACCGACCUCUUCCCCUGCAAUUUCUCUAAGAAUGAUGUCAUGCUCAGCGCCGUGGUCAUGACCUACUGGACCAACUUCGCCAAGACUGGCGACCCCAACCAGCCGGUGCCGCAGGACACCAAGUUCAUCCACACCAAGCCCAACCGCUUCGAGGAGGUGGUGUGGAGCAAGUUCAACAGCAAGGAGAAGCAGUACCUGCACAUUGGCUUGAAGCCGCGUGUGCGCGACAACUACCGUGCCAACAAGGUGGCCUUCUGGCUGGAGCUCGUGCCCCACCUGCACAACCUGCACACGGAGAUCUUCACCACCACCACGCGCCUGCCUCCCUACGCCACGCGCUGGCCGCCUCGCCCGCCGCCCGGCGCCCCGGGCACACGCCGGCCCCCCUCACCUGCCACGCUGCCACCUGAGCCCGAGCCCGAGCCAGGCCCCAGGGCCUACGACCGCUUGCCUGGGGACUCCCGGGACUACUCCACAGAGCUGAGCGUCACUGUGGCCGUGGGCGCCUCCCUUCUCUUCCUCAACAUCCUGGCCUUUGCUGCCCUCUACUACAAGCGGGACCGGCGGCAGGAGCUGCGGUGCCGGCGGCUCAGCCCCCCUGGGGGGUCAGGCUCCGGUGUGCCUGGUGGGGGCCCCCUGCUCCCUACCACGGGCCGAGAGCUGCCACCAGAAGAGGAGCUGGUGUCACUGCAGCUGAAACGGGGUGGCGGCGUCGGGGCAGACCCCGCUGAGGCCCUUCGCCCCGCCUGCCCACCCGACUACACCCUGGCCCUGCGCCGGGCACCAGACGAUGUGCCUCUCUUGGCCCCCGGGGCCCUGACCCUGCUGCCCAGUGGCCUGGGACCGCCACCUCCCCCGCCGCCACCCUCCCUCCACCCAUUUGGGCCCUUCCCCCCACCUCCUCCCACCGCUACCAGUCACAACAACACUCUACCCCACCCCCACUCCACUACCCGGGUAUAGGGGACAGCUUGGGGGGGCCUCCUCCCCAGCCCUCCCAUCGGCAGGAAGUGCCACCCGGAAGGCAGGGAGGAGGACCUGCAACAGGCUUUUCUUGUCCCACGUGGAGGGACACGAGGUGGACGUGGGUCUCCUCACCAGGAUGCGUGUGUUCCCAUGCACAGAGGCCCCUUUUCUCUGGACCUGGGCCUUUGAACAACUGGGGGGUGCUCUGUCCCCUCCAUCGGGACCCCAGCCUUCGGGGGGGUGUCCCACGCGGAGGUAUGCUUUCUCACGGGGGGGUAUUUUCCCAUGUGCAGGGUGAGGUUUUUUUUGCCGCCCUGGACACAUGUUGGCCCUCUCAAAGAGUUUCUGCGGGGAUUUGUACCCCAGAAUCAUACUCCCUCAUGCCUUCUCCCGCCUCCUCUCUCCGCCCCCCACCCCGUGGAGACCCUGGAAGUGGUGUGCUCAUGUACAGCGACCCUUGGCCACAGGAUAACACAGGGUGGUUCUGGGAAGCAGUGAGGACCAGCCCCCUUCCCACGCCGCACCCCUCCGCCCUGGGGAAGCAUGUUUUCCCGCCCGUGGCACAAGUCAGCGAAGCAUGGUCUCCUGGGUAGGCCUCGCCUUCCAUAGCCGACAGCCCCUGCAGGGGCGGGAGACCCGGGCAGCCUGUCCGCCCGGGAGCUUGUCCCAUAGGUCCAGGCACACUCUGAGUGGAAACAUGUUCUUGCAUGUGGAUGUGUGUUUUCCCAUGCAGAUGGUCCCUUCUCUCCAGUACCUCCCUGCAUCCCCCAGGCCUCAGGCCCAGCACCGAGUUCCUCCUCACACAGCAGGUGGGAACAGACUUCACACUGGCAGAAGCGGAGGGGGGUGCAUAGACGCUCAGGGGAGAGCUCUGCUCCUCCCUCCCCCAGAGAUGCGGAGUUGGGGGUCAGGGCCGUGGGACCUGCCACCUGUAGAGGCCAUGCAUGUUUGACCAAAGCCCUCACUGGGGUCUGCGGACAGCCUUUCCCUCAGUCCUCAGACCAUUACUCAUCUGUGCCAAACUGGGUCGGUGGGUUUGCCAAGAGCUCCCCAGUCCUGGGCCAGAGUAGGUAGAUGUGGGAGCAGGUGGGAUACAGGAGGGGGAAGUGGCAGCUAUAGGGGUCCUACCUGUGUCUCUCGUCUCCUCAUCCCCCUGUGCCUCCGUUCCCUUUUCCCACGCCUCUUUCUCCCUCUUAGGAGCCAUCCCUGUGUCUGUGUCAGACCAGCCCCUCCCCUCAGCUGCCCAUUCCCUGUCUGUGACCUGCCCCCUCUGCCCUCAGCUGCCAGGGCUGAAGGAAAGGGGACAUGGAGGGGGAAGGGAGGAGAGCCAGGGGGGAAGGCUUCAUGGUUGGGGAGAGAAUGAGGUCAGCUCACUGAGAAGCAGGUGGAGGGGGCAAUGGGGCCAGGUCUUGGUCAGACACCAGCCGGAAGAAUGUGAAAGGAUGUGUAAGGUGACCGCCCAGAGGGGACCUGAGCCUACAGGGAAAGGAGCCUGUCGGGAGGAGAGAAUCCUUGUCCGCUGGCCUUUUGUGGGUUGUUAGUGCCAAACUUGAGUUGGGGCUGGGGUGCUGUCUUCCGCUGACAUCGGAUCCGGAAUCCCUGGUCUUGGCUCCCCAGAACUUUGCCCCUUGACCGUCCCUCCUCCCACUUCCACCCAUGGGACCUUCUUUUCCCACCCCUCUCCUGCCUGGUCUAGUUCCUUUCCAAACAGCCAUGCCCUCUAAAUGCCAGGGCCCUGGGCCCUGAACCCUACAGACAGAUGUCUCACAAAUUGGGGCAUGGGAGAGGGGCUGGGGGACCCCAUGAUUCAGCCACGGACUCCAAUGCCCAAUCCCUCUCCCCAGAACAGUUCCCUGACAACCCCAUGUCUCUGCCCUUCGCAGCUCUGUACACAUUUUUAAACCUGGCAAAAGAUGAAGAGAAUAUUGUAAAUAUAAAGUUUAACUGUU